AUGGCCAAAGACAAGGACAAGAAGAAAAAGAAGAAGUCUUCCUCCAGCGAGGAAGCGCCUGCCGCUGCAGCACGCGCCCGUGAGCCGGCCAAGGCCAAGGAAGAAGAAGACCUGGAGACCUACAAGAAGCGGAAGAUUGCCGACUUAGAGAACUUGGGGCGGAGCGGUGGCGUCUAUGUCCCUCCAUUCAAGUUGGCGCGCAUGCAGAAGGAGGUCGAGGACAAGACCAGUCCGGAAUACCAACGGCAGACCUGGGAGGCUUUGAGGAAGAGUAUCAACGGUCUCGUGAACAAAGUCAACGUGGGAAAUAUCAAAAACAUAGUGGAGGAACUCUUCCAGGAGAACCUGGUAAGGGGACGGGGUCUGCUGGUGCGCGCUCUGAUUCGAGCGCAAAUGGCAUCACCGGGAUUUACCCACGUCUUUGCCGCUCUGCUUGCCGUGAUCAACUCGAAGCUGCCCGAAGUGGGAGAUCUCCUGAUCCGGCGGGUCAUUCUGCAGUUUAGACGUGCCUACAAGAGGAAUGACAAGAUUGUGACCACGGCAGCAAUCCGGUUCAUGGCCCACUUAGUGAAUCAGAAGAUAGCGUCGGAGCUCCUCGCGCUGCACGUGGCGACGCUGCUGCUGGAGCGAGUGACGGAAGACUCCAUUGAAGUCUGCGUCAGCUUCCUUCAGGAAGUGGGGCAAGCAAUGGAGGAGCUAUCCAAGGCUGGAUGUCAGGCUAUCUUCGAGCGGUUCCGAACCAUCCUGCACGAAGGCGAGAUCGACAAGCGUGUGCAGUACGUCAUCGAGGGCCUGUAUGAAACACGGAGGAAGAGGUUCUCAGAUCACCCGAUGGUUCUGGAAGAGCUCGACCUCGUCGAAGACGAAGACCAGAUCACGCACGAGGUGGACCUCCUGGAUGAGACGAUCAAGGGCGAGGAGACCCUGAACAUCUUCAAGGCCAUUCCACCCGAGCAGUAUGCUGCGGAUGAGGCGGAGAUUGGUACAUCCGCAGAGAUUUGCAGGAACAGCCGCCAGCUGCAUCGGCAGUUGCAUGCAAGUCUCGUGGACGAGCUGUCAAGCGUGAGCCACGCGAGAACUAUCGAGACGGUUGGUAUGGCCCAUUGCCGCGACCUCUUCUAUCAGGUGCGCGAUGGCCUCACACUUUACGCGAGGGAUUAUCCCGGUCCGGUGCCCACAGCUCCGGUUGCAUUACUCAUGCAUGGUCUGACCCGGAACAGUGCCGACUUCGAGGCACUUGCUCCGGUCCUUGCCAAGACCCACCGGGUGCUUGUGGUGGAUCAGCGUGGUCGUGGGCGUUCCGAUCGUGAUCUUGAUAUCAGCCGGUACCAUGUUUCCAGCUAUGUGGGAGAUAUGUUCGAACUGCUCGCUCAGCAGGCUAUCACCCAGGUUGCUGCGGUUGGCACAUCGAUGGGUGGUCUCAUGGCGAUGGUGAUGAACGUCAAGAGUCCCAACAUCUUCAGCCACGUUGUCAUCAACGAUAUUGGCCCAGUGGUGGCGACCGCGGGACUUGCCCGCAUCAAGAGCUAUGUGGGUGCGGGUUCUCGCUUCUCAAAUUGGGACGAGGCUGCAGCUCACAUCAAGGUCCUCAAUGAAACGGCGUUUCCAGCCAACACACCGGAAGACUGGAUGGCCUUUGCGCGGCGGACUUGUGUUGAAGAGGGGGAUGCAGUGGUACUCAACUACGACUUGGCCAUCGGUGAGGCGAUGAAGCAGCGUGAAGAGGCUGCGGUUCCCCAGGAUCUCUGGCCGGCUUUUGAGGCAUUGAAGCCCAAACGCACGAUGCUGGUACGUGGGGGCAUAUCAGACUUGCUCGAUAUGCCCACUGCAGUGGAGAUGCGGCGGCGACACCCGGAGAUGGAGUUCCUUGAGGUACCGAACAUUGGUCACGCGCCCAUGCUUGAUGAGCAGGGCGUCGCGGAGCGCAUCGCUGACUUCAUCAACGAUCGCUCAUCCAGUCCUCCAAACGAAGCUCACGGAGCACUGUUUGCAGGAGUGCCGACUGUUGAGGAGGCCAAGUGGAAGCUUAUCUCCAGCGAGAUUCUGGGCCUUGAACAGGAUGAGGGCAGCGACAGCAGCGACGAUUCGGAUGAGGAGGCGGACGCCGCUGCAGAUCGUCGUGCGCAGGAGAAGAUUCUGGACUUCACGGAACAAGAUUUGGUGAACUUGCGCAGGUCCAUCUACCUCGUGAUCAUGUCUUCGGUGCACUACGAGGAGUGCGUGCACAAGAUCCUGAAGCUCAACAUUGCGGAGGGUCAGGAGAAGGAGGUGUGCACCAUGCUCAUUGACUGCUGUGCCAUGGAGAAGAUGUUCAACAGGUUCUUCGUCCUCCAGGCAGAACGCUUGUGCCGCCUGAACCCGGUGUAUCAGGACACUUUCACCGAGUCCUUCGGCAUCCAGUUCAACACGGUGCACAGGCUGGAGACCAACAAACUGCGCAACAUCGGAAAGUUCUUCGCGCAUCUGCUGUACACGGACGCUAUCCCAUGGAGCAUUUGGGCGCAGGUGAAGAUUACGGAGGACACAACGACAUCGAGUUCCCGUAUCUUCAUCAAGGUGAUAUUCCAAGAGCUCUCCGAGCAGUGGGGUAUCAAGAAGCUUGUGGAUCGCCUGAGCGAGGAUGAGCUGAAGCCUUUCUUCACCGGCCUCUUCCCGAAGGACCAUCCGAAGAAUGUGCGCUUUGCCAUCAACUACUUCACGGCCAUCGGCUUGGGCGUUCUGACAGAGGAACUGCGCAGUUUCCUGGAGGAGGCGAAUGCCCGUGCGGCCCACGAAGCACAGCGGGCAGCUGAGGAGCAGGCACUAGAUGAGGAGUCUUCGUCCUCGAGUUCCAGCUCCUCUGACUCAAGCUCGGACUCCGAUUCGGAUGACUCCGACGACUCGGACUCGGACAGCUCAGAUUCGUCCGACUCCUCUGACUCCUAA